CUUGACAGAAAUCACUCACAAAAUGUUAUUUUCAUUAUAAAAUUAGUGGCGUCACUUUGCGAACAACCUCAAGUCCCUACAAAGUUAUGCAAUCUGCAAUCGUCAAUGAACAACGAGAGCAAAGCGGAAGCGAGAGCGAGACACAAUGGAUUCAAAAGAGAGCUGUACCAAAGUUCUAAUGCUACCAUGGUUAGCCCAUGGCCACAUAACUCCCUUCCUAGAGCUAGCCAAGAAACUCUCAACCAAAAAUUUCCACAUAUACCUAUGCUCCACACCCAUCAUUCUCACUUCAAUCCAGGACAGAAUCACCGAAACCCAAUCCCUCUCCAUAGAACUAGUACCACUCCACCUCCCGCCGACGUCGCCGGAGCUCCCUCCCCACCGCCACACCACCAAAGGCCUCCCGCCACAUCUCAUCCCCGCCUUAAAAAGGGCCUACGACUCAGCCAGCCCUCGUUUCUCCGAAGUUGUACAGACACUGAGCCCGGAUUUGGUCAUCUACGACUUUCUGCAGCCGUGGGCGGCAACGAUCGCCUCGGAGUGUGAAAUUCCGGCGGUGCUGUACUUUAUCGCUGGAGCAGCGCUGGUUUCUUUGGGCCUCCACUUGCACUCGAGACCCGGCGUUGAAUUGCCAUUCCCGGAGUAUCAGCAUAUUCUCAAGGGUUUCCCUAAAGCACAGCCAGAGGAGGAGGCUCCUACAAAUGACGGCACAGAUGACAAGACACGUCUCCUGGAAAGCAUGGAAAAAUCACGUAAAAUGAUUUUGCUCAAUACUUUCAGAGAAUUUGAGGGUAAAUACGUUGAUUAUUUAUCAAUUUUAACUAAGAAAAAGGUAGUUCCACUUGGUCCGCUAGUUCAAGAAAUUGACGAAAAGAACAACGAUUCGGAGAUAAUGCAAUGGCUAGACGCCAAAGACGAGCUCUCAACCGUGUUUGUGUCAUUUGGAAGUGAGAGUUUCCCGUCGAAGGAGGAGAGGGACGAAAUAGCUCAUGGGCUGGAGCUUAGCGGUGUUAAUUUCAUAUGGAUUGUCAGGUUUCCAGCGCCGCCGGGGGAGAGUACUAUUGAGGUUGAAGAGGCACUGCCCGUGGGAUUUCUCGAGAGGAUAGGAGAGAGAGGAAUGAUUGUGGAGGGUUGGGCUCCACAGGCUCAAAUCUUGGCCCAUCCAAGCACCGGGGGAUUUGUGAGUCAUUGCGGUUGGAAUUCUAUAUUGGAGAGUUUAAAACUAGGGGUUCCAAUUGUAGCCGUGCCCGUGCACCACGACCAGCCCAUCAAUGCGAAAGUGGUGGAGGCGGUUGGGUUUGGUGUGGAGGUCAAGCGAGAUGAGAAUAAAAGGCUGGAUAGAGAAAACAUAGCACAAGUUAUAAGGAAAGUGGUGGUGGAUGAAGAGGGGGUGGAUGUAAGAACUAAAGCAAGAGAAUUUUGUGAGAUUAUAGGAAAGAAAGGAGAUGAAGAAAUAGAUGGAUUGGUAAAAGAGUUGGCUCAACUUUCCACCGAGGGCAAAUGAGGGAAAAACAAAAAAUUGAAAUUGCAACUUAUUUGAAGGUUCUUUGCAAGUAGGUUAAGAUCCAAUUGGAUUUGAAUAUUCCAUAUUUUUGUUGUUUUCAAAGACUCUUUCAUUUCUAGGUAUGUACGUAUAAAUCAUGUUAUUUCUCCUGAUGUGUUAUUGAUCGUUACACUAGCUAUUUUUGGUCUAUGCAGAUGAAUGGUGGAUGUUAGAACAUGUGGACUAUUUUGUGGGAACUACGAACGAUUAAUUUUAGAACAUAGUGUACUUUUUUUUUGGUUUCAUGUAUCAUAAUUUUAUUGUA